GUUCAUUGUUCUAACAUAGUACUUUUACCACGAUAUAGUCUCCCAUAUAACUACUGCUUAGUACCAUGGGCAAUUGAUGCCCUUGUGAGCCUGUUUACCCCUGCUUAGUAAAGCAAAGAAUCAGACCUAGCGCCAUCUGCAUAUCACUCCGGUCACCAAUUGGACCGAUGAACUCACCACUCUUCACCUGCAUAUCCACCCUGUGAAACCGCGCAGUGUGCGCUGCACCUUGCUUGCACACCUUAAUAUGAGCUUGCAUCCUCACCUUUCUGGGAUGUUGCACCCUCGUUCCACUCAUCGGAACCAUUGAAAGCGCAUUGUCUUCUCGCCAAACAACCAGUACCGUCGCAGAAACACCUCCGCUGCCCAUUCCGCGGUUUCCCACCUUCCAACAUGCCUGUUUACAUGCUCUAUGGCUUCCGCUGGCCUCGCGCCGGCUUCACGGGGAUUCGCGUCUACGUGGUCUUGCACAAUCUCGAGGACGCCACCGCCGAGUAUAUCCAGCAGCCAGUCACCACCGAGCUUCUUCUCGAAUCUUUCCAGAAGACAGAGUCCAGUAUCGUCGAGCGCUUGCCGGAGAUGCGCUUCAUCGAGCAGUACGACCCCGAAGACACGAGCGAUGCGGCUGUCAGCAAGCCGUUCGCCUACGUCGCAGCGAAAGUCAUAUCUAUCCCCGAAGCUGGGGUCCCUUGCUCCGAAACAAGCUGGACGCCGGAGGAUCUCUUCAGCAAGUCGCCGUUGGAUCCCGCCGCCGAAGAGGCUAUCACGGAGAUGCGCGACAAGUACGCUGCGGGAGAGCGGGUCGGUUGGUAUAUUGUCUACAAUGGCGAUCCCGAGAGGUGGUUCCCUCCGUCAGACGAAGAGGAGGAUAGUAUGGACGACGACGAUGAGGGAUCUUACGGAAAUGGCGAAGAGUACGAUAACGAUCAGACGCCACCAGCGACGCCUUCAUCAGCCACGGUACGCCUUCCCCAGCGGCUGACAAGAUUUUUUGGCCGGAAAGCGGCCUGAUGCCUGUACUGGGGGAUGUGAUUCUUAACGUCUUACGCUUGACGAUUCACCAUCGACUUGACUUCCAUCGCAAAGCUGGCUUUGGGUGUGUUCGGAAACCUCGUUUCGGAUGGCUCACUUGUUUUUAUUCAGCGCGAUAAAUGUCUAUUUCGUUCAACAUCAUUCGUUACACGGCGGCAGUACCCUACAUGGUACCAUAGCCUCCUUUUUGCCAAGCGGCAUCGAAGGUCGCCUGGUCCACAGCGAAUUGUUUGAUGUAAUCCUUCUCCAAAUCAUGUGCCCUCUUGCCAAGCAGGACC